CGUGAGUAAUUCCGGGAAGCUCGCCUUACAACUGCGCGCGGCUCCGGCCCCCUGCGCCGCCCGCCCCAUAACAAAACUCCGAGCGGCGCUGCGCGGAGCCGGGUACCCAGUGAGCCGCGGUCCCGAUCGGAGAGAAGUGGGGCUCGAGAGCGGCCGGGGACCGCCACCGCGACAGCUGCGGGGACAGCUGCGACCAGCGCGCGCGGAGCGCCGGGCCUGGCGGAGAGCGGGAAGGACGCGUCAGGGACCGGGAGCGCGCUAGGGGUCUCCAGCCCAGAGGGCACCUUCUGCAAAAAUGUCUGUGGAUCCCUUAUCCAGCAAAGCCCUGAAGGUGAAGCGCGAGCUGAGCGAGAACACGCCGCACCUGUCGGAUGAGGCGCUGAUGGGGUUGUCGGUGCGCGAGCUGAACCGGAACCUGCGCGGUCUGUCGGCGGAGGAGGUGACGCGGCUGAAGCAGCGGCGGCGCACACUCAAGAACCGCGGCUACGCGGCCAGCUGCCGUGUGAAGCGCGUGUGCCAGAAGGAGGAGCUGCAGAAGCAGAAGUCGGAGCUGGAGCGCGAGGUGGACAAGCUGGCGCGCGAGAACGCCGCCAUGCGCCUGGAGCUCGACGCGCUGCGCGGCAAGUGUGAGGCGCUGCAGGGCUUCGCGCGCUCGGUGGCCGCCGCCCGCGGGCCGGCCGCGCUGGUGGCACCCGCCAGCGUCAUCACCAUCGUCAAGUCGGCGCCCGGCCCCUCCCCCGCUCCUGACCCCGCCCCCUGCUCUUAGUACCCGCCCCUUCCCCCGACCCACGCCCCUCCGACCCGACUCCCUUCCCAAAGUGCCUGAGUGCCUCCCGCUCCCGGUCCCGUUUCUCUGCCACUGUUACCCAGUGUGAUGACUUCACAUUCCUUUCCUGGGCUCUUUCUAACUCUUGCAGGCCCCCAGACUAGGACCUGAUGGCCCUGGGGAGGGGCAACUUUGCUAAGUUGUGAGGGGGACGUUGGGGUCCUGGGUUUCCCUCGGCUGAAAGUCCACCUCAGAUUGGAAGCGAGGUGGUGUAGAGAUGGCCCGGAGAAGAGCUGGCGGGAGAGGCUUUGGAUUGUACCAGCAUGCCCUUCCGAACUUCCCACACUUCCCACGACUUAGGACUAGGUGUGGCCUUGUGGGGCUGCCCUGCUGGGAAGCAGAACUCAAGAGACCUCCCUGCUUGGGACCUAGGAAUGUCAGGCUUUCCCAAGCUAAGAGUCUUUGGAACGGACCAGUGGAGCUCAGUUGACAGAUGGGGAAGCUGUCAGGCAGAUGGACCCAAGGCCACACAGAACUGAGUGGCUGCAACCCCACUGGGGCCUUCUCACUGCUGCCCUAACAUUCCAACCACAGACUGACUUCACGGGGAACACACAGGGACUCCUCUCUGCCUGGGAGACCUUUGUCUAGGUGGUGGGGAAGAGAAGCUGAAGGAGAGAGGAGGUGACACUAAGGGACGAGUUGAGGAGCUGGCCAGCCAGAGGAGGGGCAACGGAGAUGACCUCUGUGGUAGGUAGGGACAGAAACACUACAGUCCUGACGCAGGCAGUGGAGAAAAGGGGGUCCCUUGGAAUUAGGGCUUCCACUUUGGUCCGGAGUACCGUGGUGGUGUGGGGGCUGACCACUGGUCCCCUGGGAAGUCUGGCCCUAGCAACUCCCCAACACUGUAUACAGCUGACCCUCUACACUUAUUUAUUGCACGAAUCUUAAGUUAUUCUCGCCAUCAGAGCCCAGCUUUCUGCCCUGGGAAAUAUGUGGGCCCUGGGCUGGAUUUUAUAUUUUAUAUCUACAAAUAAAUCACAUUUAAUCUUAUAUUUAGGGAAAGCUGGAUGGCAACAACAAGGUUUUUUAAACAUUGCCCAGCUCCCAGAGUUAUUUAUUUUCUGACUUAAAGUGAGCCAGUUAUCUGCCUUGAGUAUUUUGUAGACUUUCUGAAUAAAGUCGAGUUCUCUUUUU